CAUUCUGUCAGUGCAGUAAAAUUUCACCGCGUUAAUGCAAAUAUUUCCAAGUUUAUUCGAGCGUGACCGUUCAUCCGUAUCAGUCGUAAUCUGGGAGUGAGCGCGCAUUAUUGCGCGGGCACAGUUUUAGUACCAAGGACAGCGGCUCACACUGAGCAUCAGGUCACUGGACCCGCGGAAAAAGAGAACCUUGAAUGGAACCACGUCAAGAGUGGGAGACCAGAAAAUCUUAAUCGAAUCAAACCCGUCGCGCUCGACUUUGCUUUUAUUACAUUUGUUUUUGCUUGGUUAUUUGUAAAGGCAGAAUGAAUGUUUGAGGCAAAUAUCAACAGGAAAGCGCAUCAUUAAUGUCAAGGCGUGUUGGACGUUACGUUCUUAACGAGCGGGUUUCAUUACCAGCGCGGAAAAUGACACAUUCCUCAGCAGAGUAGAUUAAUGUGAUCACAUUCCAGUGCUGCCAGGACGUGGUCGGCUGGGAUCGGUUUACCGGGCUGUGUAAUCAACGGACAUCGCAACGCAUACUCGUCCUGAAUGACUCCACUUUGAUCGAAGGCAAAAUGCGUCUGGUAUUGUUUGCGUUCCUCGUCUCUUGUUCCUGUGCAAGAGGUGGCUGCGAACCGAAGAUUGUAAAUAUUGGGGCUGUCCUGAGUCAAAAGCGGUACGAACAGGUGUUCAAGGACGCGGUCACCCAGGCAAACAAUAUAUAUGGCAAAGAUAAGUUCAAGAUGAACGCAAUCUCAGUCACCCAUAAACCAAACGCGAUCCAGAUGGCACUCUCUGUGUGUGAGGACCUUAUCUCAAACCAGGUCUAUGCAAUCUUGGUGAGUCAUCCUCCGCAGUCCAAUGACCACCUGACCCCCACACCAGUGUCCUACACGGCUGGAUUCUACCGCAUCCCUGUGGUGGGUCUCACCACCCGCAUGUCCAUCUACUCGGACAAGAGUAUCCACCUGUCGUUCCUGCGCACGGUGCCUCCGUAUUCUCACCAAGCCCAAGUCUGGUUCGACAUGAUGCGCGAGUUCCGCUGGAACCACAUCAUCCUGAUUGUCAGCGACGACCACGAGGGCCGCGCGGCACAGAAGAGGCUGGAGACCCUGUUGGAGGAGAGGGAGACGAAGAGUAAAAACAGGAACUAUGAAAACCUCGACCAACUGUCCUAUGACAACAAGCGAGGACCCAAGGCAGAGAAAGUGCUCCUGUUCAGUCAAGACACCAAUCUGACCGCUUUGCUCCAGGAGGCCAAGGAGCUGGAGGCCAGAGUCAUCAUACUGUCUGCCAGUGAAGACGAGGCUGCAGCCAUUUACAAAGCAGCACGCCAGCUCAAUAUGACAGGCUCUGGCUACGUGUGGCUGGUCGGAGAAAGGGAGAUGUCUGGUAAAGCACUGAGUGAAGCUCCAGAUGGCUUGCUUGGCCUCCAGCUAAUCAAUGGCAAGAACGAGUCAGCCCACAUCUACGAUGCCGUGGCUGUGGUGGCCCAGUCCAUCCAGGAGCUCUUUGAGAAGGAGAACAUCACGGAGCCGCCCCGGGGCUGUGUGGGCAACACGAACAUCUGGAAGACCGGGCCGCUCUUCAAACGAGUGCUGAUGUCAUCCAAGUAUCCAGAUGGCCUAACAGGCCGUGUGGAGUUUAAUGAUGAUGGGGACAGGAGGUUUGCGCACUACAGCAUCCUCAACUACCAGAAGACCCGUCUGGUGCAAGUUGGCAUGUACAAUGGCUCGCAAGUUGUGAUGAACACUCAGAGGAAGAUCAUUUGGCCUGGAGGAGAGACUGAGAAACCAAGAGGCUAUCAGAUGUCAACAAGACUGAAGAUUGUCACAAUUCACCAAGAGCCCUUUGUUUACGUGAAACCAACCCUCCGAGAUGGAACCUGCAAGGAGGAGCACACUGUUAAUGGAGUUCUGAUCAAAAAAGUGAUCUGCACUGGCCCAAAUGAGACUAUUCCAGGUCGGCCCAUAGUGCCUCAGUGCUGUUAUGGAUUCUGCAUUGACCUCUUGAUCAAGCUUGCAAUGACAAUGAACUUCACCUAUGAAGUGCAUCUUGUGGCUGACGGAAAGUUCGGCACCCAGGAACGCGUUAAUAACAGCAACAAGAAAGAGUGGAAUGGCAUGAUGGGUGAACUCCUGGGUGGCUUGGCAGACAUGAUUGUGGCUCCACUCACGAUCAACAAUGAGCGAGCCCAGUACAUUGAGUUCUCCAAACCCUUUAAGUACCAAGGGCUUACCAUCCUUGUCAAAAAGGAAAUCCCGCGCAGCACAUUGGAUUCGUUCAUGCAGCCCUUUCAAAGCACUCUGUGGCUACUGGUGGGUCUGUCGGUCCACGUUGUGGCGGUGAUGCUCUACCUAUUAGACCGUUUCAGCCCUUUCGGAAGGUUUAAAGUGAACAGUGAAGAGGAAGAAGAGGAUGCCCUCACCUUAUCCUCGGCUAUGUGGUUCUCUUGGGGCGUACUGCUGAACUCCGGCAUCGGAGAAGGGGCCCCUCGAAGCUUCUCGGCGAGGAUUUUAGGUAUGGUGUGGGCUGGUUUUGCUAUGAUCAUAGUCGCAUCUUACACUGCCAAUUUGGCAGCCUUCCUAGUGCUGGAUCGGCCUGAGGAGCGCAUUACCGGCAUCAACGACCCCAGGCUGCGAAACCCAUCAGACAAGUUCAUCUAUGCCACGGUGAAGCAGAGCUCGGUGGACAUCUACUUCCGGCGCCAAGUCGAGCUCAGCACCAUGUACCGCCACAUGGAGAAGCACAAUUAUGAGAGCGCCGCUGAAGCCAUCCAGGCAGUGCGAGAUGGCAAACUCCACGCUUUCAUCUGGGAUUCAGCCGUGCUGGAAUUUGAAGCCUCGCAGAAGUGUGAUCUGGUCACCACGGGGGAACUGUUCUUCCGCUCGGGAUUUGGCAUCGGUAUGCGAAAGGACAGCCCAUGGAAGCAAAACGUUUCCUUGGCCAUUCUCAGUUCCCAUGAGAAUGGUUUCAUGGAGGACCUGGAUAAAACCUGGGUGAGAUACCAGGAGUGUGACUCCAGGAGCAAUGCGCCAGCCACACUCACCUUUGAGAACAUGGCAGGUGUGUUUAUGUUGGUUGCUGGUGGAAUCGUUGCCGGGAUCUUCCUCAUCUUUAUUGAGAUUGCAUACAAGCGGCACAAGGAUGCUCGUAGGAAGCAGAUGCAGCUGGCUUUUGCAGCAGUUAAUGUUUGGAGGAAGAACCUACAGGUCCAGCAAGUGCCAGCAACCACAUUAAAGAGCAUCGGUCCCUGGGGAGGCAGUGCACACAAUCCCAACAACAGCUAUUUUUAAUACAGGCCACCGUAUUAUCGCAUUGAUCUGUCCCUUUCAGUUAGCAUACUCUUCAGUUUUUAUGUUUGGUUUUCUGGUUCUGACUGUCAAUGUCCUGGAGUGAUAUUGUUUAUGUUCAGCAUGUAAAGACUCCAUUUAUGUGUGAAAUGAUACCAAAAAAUGUCUUCACUUUUGCCAUUUAGACAUCUGACAUAAACAAUAUCGCCAAAGGGAUAACAUUUCUGUUCUUUUUGCUAUCUCCAAAGCAUCCCAGGUCAUUUGCAUCUGAAAACAAAAUUAAGUCAAAUAAGAUGGAAAAUUUGCUCUCGCUUAGAUAUGAGGAAUAGGUGAAAUGUAAUGGAUAAUAUAUCAGGAAAAGGAUAAUACUAUAUUUAUUUCAUUUGUUCAUACAGGAUUUAAGAAACAUGUUUUUAGCCUAUUCUAUCCUGUCACAUCCUAACAAGCUUAUUGUGUUGGUAGCACUAGACAUAUAGCAUGCAGACCUUCAAAGAUGACACAGAUGUGGCAUUUAGAAAGGACUUCAGCAGGCCUCUAGCCAAACAAAUGAAGCAAAAACAUCCCUCUGAACUGAUGUGUACCCAUCUCAGUCCUUAUCAUCAUUUUCUUUUAUAUGAGUGUUUUUUAUAAAUGGAUUUGAAUGGAGUUUUAAAUGUCGGUGUCUACACCACAUGCCACACUGCCUCUCUCUUCCUCUACCAGCAUGACUCCUGUGGUUGUUGUAGACUUAGACUCCUUGUGCCGUUUGCCUGUCUGCAGACAGGGAGCGCUGUCGGCUGUGAUUCGGAAUGCUGAUACUCGUAAAUGCUGUUGCUGUCAGUGAGGCCAUCCCCAACCAACAUGCUGUGCCCAAAUUUACAAUGCUGACCAUUAUUUUGUGAAAAGAUGAAAAGAUUACAAUUCAUGGUUGCACCUCCCCAGGAUUCAAUGUGGCAUGACACAACUCUGCAUUGCCUGUACAUAAAUAAAAUAAUCAUGUUGUUAAGAUAUAAUAUUGCAUUUAGUGGGUUAUUAGAUUAUAUUAAAGUAAUAAUCCAAACUGAUAUUACAUUCAUAUUAAAUUGCCCUUCAGUGAUGUGAUGCGCUCAAUAAAUUGCUUGAAGGAACAGAAUUUCAGGGCUCGAUGCUGCAUGAUGUGUAGUCAUUGCAUGGCAUUAGGACAGUUACUAUGGUGAUAGGCCUAAUAUGUCUUGGUCAGGUAAAUAAUUACCUUUGGGCAGAGAGCCUCUGGAUCUCACAGUUAUGUCGUUAGAGCUUUUUAAAGAGACAUUUCCAGCUCAAGAUAUAAGAGGAGUGCAGCAUGAUCAAUCGGUGCACUCGAGACCCAGAGAGAGCUUGUCCCUGUCCUGACUGAGGCUGUUCCAGUCAGGGACCAAACACAGCUUGGAUGGGGGAUUUGCCUCAUUAAUGACAGCUAAUCACAGGUCAAUGGUUAUUAGUUGUUUUUUCUUUGUUACUUGUGCUGAUGGGAAAAAAAAAAAAAAUUACUCCUCUGUUUUGUUUGUGUCCC